UCACGCCCGCCUGUUUAUGUGAGAGCUAGUUGAUGAUCUGUUGCUAAUUUUCGUUAUAUAUAUCAUCUCUGUUAAGUUUUUAAAAGUUAAAACAGAUUCAUGCCAAGAGAAAGACAGCAGUCUGCCAAAAACGACCAGUUGACAAAUGGGGACAAUGGUCGAUUGCCAUCGAACGGUCCUGGAUCUGUGCCACCUAGAAGUGCUUCAACUGGUCAACCAAAUUUUCCACCAAAUUCACAAUCACAACAGAAUGAAGCUGACCUCGUGGAGUUGUUCAGUCCAGUUAGUGAACCUCCUAACAUUCCUCCAAACAUGUUUGAUGAUCAACAGCAACACAUGCAAAAUCGAAUGAUAAAUCCACAGCAUCCUCCAAAUGACAUGCCAAUGUCUCCUUUUCCUCCUGGUCACCCUGGGGCCAUGAUGGCAGGACCUAGACCUCAAAUACCACCCCAACAAAUGCCACCAAAUAUGUUUCCUGGUGGAAAUAUGCCUAGACCAAUGGGCGGAAUGAUGCCAGGAUCUAACAUGGCUGGUAUGCCACCAAACAUGGGUCCACAUCCCCCUAACAUGAUGCAUCACAUGAUUCCUAUGGGAGGCCCACCAGGCAGAAUUUACCCACCUAAUCAGGUGAUGGUUUUCAACUCGGCAAACCCAAAUGCUCCUCCUAUAUACCCCUGUGGUAAUUGUCAUAAAGAAAUUCAUGACAACGACCAGGCUAUUUUUUGUGAGAGUGGCUGUAACUUUUGGUACCACAGAACCUGUGCUGGUCUCACUGAAAUGGCCUACACUCACCUUACAAAGGAGGUUUUUGCCGAGUGGGUGUGUGACAAAUGUCUCGCAACGCGAUCCAUACCAUUAGUCAAGUUGAAAUCAUAAUGAUUUCUGGCAUGCUGGUCUUUUCUUCAACAGAUCUUUUUAUCAUAAUUUAUAUAUAUAUCAGUAUAUUUGUUGUUGUGAUGGUCUUUUAAUGGAAUUUUAUUUCACGAUGUGAAAUUUAAUCAUGUUUUCAUUACGUAAAAUUUUAUUGUUAUAUGUAAAAACUUAUUUGGUACUUUUGCUUUCACUUAAAAACUGAUUGUUACAGUCUAUUAAUGCAGGACAGACGUUAAUGAUGUAGCAAUCUGAUUUCAUUGAAGAUUAGGCUGCUGCUGUUUCCUGAUGCUAACAGUUUUGUGUUUCAUAAACGAGUUGAAUUGUUUCACGCUAUUACGAAUGGACAGCAGUUUUCAAAAUAUAAAAAGUAAUUGAAGUGAUGGUGCAUGAUGUUGGUCAUUUUUGUUAUUCUUUUAAGAUGUUCUCUUUUAAAACGUUCUCUAUUUUUGUAAUUUACGAUAUAUUAUAUUUGUAGGUAUCGUUAUUGCUAUUUGAAACUUAUUAACAAUUUUAACGCGUAAUCCCGCUUUUUGAGUAAUUUAUUUUUCCUUGAUAGGUUAUUAAUGACAGUUUCAAACAGUUGCUUUUGUUUUACCUUCACUGAAGGUACCACUUGUCUCAUUAUGGAUUUUUAUUUAUUAUAUCAUCAGUUUUAUUUUUUAAAAUAUCGCAAAAUACAAACAUGUUCUUGAAAAAGAAA